UGUGGUCAGGUGCAGAUGGUGUGGAGCUUGGACCAGGUGCCCCUGCUGACCCCUCCACAGGAGCCUGUGUCGGACCAUCGUCUCAGAGUGUUUUACUCUUGUGAUAAACCUGCUGCAGUGCAGCUGGACUGUGUCGUGUCCUUUGACACUGGAAUAGUUUCCUCUGUCCCACUGAGACAGUGGGACUGUGUCCCCGGGGAGCCUAGAAUCAGGACAGUAACCCUGAGACUGCCUGACUGGCUGGUGUACCAGGCUGAUGGGAUCGUCCCAGACUCACAGUGGGUGCUGACUACCAUCCUCCAAGCCUCCCUCAGUUACAGGAGACAUGGGGGCACUGGGCCUUCUCCUGUGUCUCGGGACGUGGCGCUUUUGCAGCCCAGAACUUUUUUUGACCGACCCGUCAAACAACACAAACUCUGCUUUCCUUGGAGCACACAGAUGCUGCGGCUAACUCCCGGGUUUUUAAGGACACAGUGUCCCUGGGAGGAAGAAACAGUUCACUUCCUGUCGUCCAUAUACGCUUCAACUGGUGAAACCUUUGGCAUCACGGAGACACUCAGGCCGUAUGGCAGCGAGGUCCUGGAGCAUUUGCGUGUGAAGGCUAUUUCUUAUUCUUGGUGUUUUUUCUCCAUCUGGAUGUUUGUGACCAGUUAUUGCCAGAACAUGUGUGGAGUCUUCUAUCACAUAGACCCCCAUAAUAACUACGCCACCCCGACUGUGCUCCUCACAUCCACAGGUCACCUCCAUGUCCAGGUGAAUGGACAGACGGGAGAAUCCUCCGCCUUUCUCACCACCUACCAAGUGCCUUUGAGUGAGUGGUGUGAGCUCAGUGUGGUGCUGCAAGGCAGAACAGUCACUGUCUCCAUGGCAUGCAUCAAAGGAGAACAGAAAUCACUUCAGUCUACUGAGUUUGUGCUGCGUCACACGCUGAGGCUGAAUGACACGGAGGGAUAUUUCGUGAUUGGAGGUGGGAACUUUGUGAAAGGUGCUAAAGGAUUUUUUGGACCUGUGGUUUACCACCGCAACAGAAUCCCACCCCACAGAGAGCAUGUUGUUCCAGAUGUUAUCAAGGACGUGAACCUCACUGGAUGGCUGCAGACGUGUGAUGCAUUUCGCAUGGAGUUAACCAUGAAGAUCAAUGGUUACUCUCACAUGAUGAAACAGCCUGAGAGCUGUCACAGCGCUUUUUAUGAGUGGUUGAAAAAGGACAGAGGAGCGUCGAGGUCACAGUGUCAGCAGUGGGAGACCAGUGCACCUCACAGAAGACAAGCUGCAAAGCUAGUCCAGCAAAUUGCAACAAAACGUGGGGGACAGAACGUUAGCUUGACAGCAGUGGGCAGAGCACUUUACACCCUGUCACUUCGUAAACUGGCCAGAGAGGGCAGCAUCAGAGCGGUCAGCAGGGCACUACCGCUGCUGCUGCAGUCCGGCUGCCUCGGUGAUAACAGAGCUCUGCACUUGUCUUCUGUGAUCCUCAGCGCAGGCUUUGGAGUCAGGGAACAACCUAAAAAGGCGUGGCUUCUUGCCCUGCUGGCAGCCCAGAAAGAUGAACGAUUAGCUCUUCUGCGUCUUGGCUUUCUGCACCACCGGGGGCUCUAUGGUCAAGUUCAAAAUGUAGACCUGGCCUAUGGAUAUUAUGCAAACAUUGGAAAACAGACAACUGUGGACCGCCAAAAACCUUCAUCAGAACAGACGUACGUUGAGGCUAUUUAUUUAAACAAUGAAGAGGUGUUGAAGCAACAGACACAUGAAAACCAUCACUUAUUCCAGUGGCUAAAGCUGCAGGCUCGCAGGGGAACCACUGAAGCUGAGCAAGCCAUCGGUCGCAUGCUGUUCUGGGGUCAGCAGGGAGUGGCCCCCGACUUAGAGAAGGCUGUGAGACAUUAUCAAAGAGGAGCGAUCCGAUGGGAGGACCCUCAGUCAAUGUAUGACUACGCCAUAGUCCUGCUGCAGGGACUAGGGAUUGAAAAGGACGUCGAAAAAGCUGUAUUUUUCCUCAAAAAGGCUAUGGACAAGGGUUUCAUUCCUGCGAUGAAUGCCCUGGCCUGGUACCACGAGCACUAUCAGAAGGACUACGUCACAGCAGUGGAGCUGUGGGAACAGGCCGAUCUCCUCAACAGCCACGACGCCGCGUUUAAUCUGGGUGUUUUAUACGCGCAGGGUCGUUAUCCAGGAAAACCAGCAGACCAGCACAUGGCCUAUAAGUACUAUCUGAAGUCAGCAGAGAGAGGGCACAUCAGAGGAACGGUUCUCCUCUCAGAGUUCUUGAUAACUGGAUUGCCUGGCUCCGUCGACAGGCGACCGUCGGAGGCUGUUCUAUGGGCCAAGUGGGCAGCAGAGCACAACGGGUAUCUCGGGAUUGUCUUAAGGAAAGCCCUGGAUUCAUAUCUCACUGGUGACAUGUUCAGCUCACUCUUAUAUUACAUGAUGGCUGCUGAGUCAGGGUUUGCAGUUGCACAGUUCAACGUGGCUUAUCUCUGUGAACUAAACCCAGGACAUUUUCUGGAUACUGCGUUUACUGCAUACUGCAUGAGGAAAUACUACAACCUCAAUAUUCAAAGUCAAACACCAGACACAUAUGCCUUGAUUAAAAUGGGUGACCUGCACUAUGAGGGGCAGGAAGAUGGACAGAAGGACCUGUUGUCAGCAGCACAGAUGUACAAAACAGCUGCACUGAGGAAGGAGCCACAGGGAUGGUACAACCUUGGCCUUCUCACUGAGGAGGGUUUCAAGCUGCCGCUGUCGAUACUGACAGAGCUGGGUAUUUCGCAGCUCUACCUGUCGGACCAAACUCUGCUCUUAAGUGCUUUGUACAAAAGGUGCAGAGACUCAGAUGACACGGACGCCUACCUGCCUUGUAGCCUGGCCCUUUCUAAGGUGUAUCUCCAGUUAUUCAAGAAAGAAUACAGUGCUGCUAUUAAGCUCGCCAUUGCCAUUGCUGUGGUUGCAGCCCCAACAAUAUUCCUAAUCAUCCCUGGUUUGUUGAGGAGACGAGACCUGUCUCAUACAGAGCCAUAAUCAUCAUCAUCAUCAUCAUCAUCAUCAUCAUCAUCAUCAUCAUCAUCAUCAUCAUCAUCAUCAUCAUCAUCAUCAUCAUCAUCAUCAUCAUCAUCAUCAUCAUCAUCCCCAUUGUGGCGUCCUGAAGGAUGAAACAGCAAAGUCAUCUGUUACAGACACAGCACAGCACUAUUUGUGGCAACUUUUACACUCAGUGUUUCCCUCGAUAUGAGGAACGUGAUCGUCACCAAUGAAUUCAACUUGUUUUUUUUUUGUUUUACAUGCCUUUAUGUUGUAAAUUUAUAGUUAUCUAAAAAAUAAAGAUCCUCAUGAAG